AUGCAUCAGUCAGCAGCCUCAUCAAGGCACUUGAGCAUCGGAGGUUCCAUGGCCACCAGCAGGAAACUUCUGGAAAAGCGCAAAGAAUAUGAAGGGGUUGUCGCUCUCGCGGAAGCCAGCGAUACGUUCCUGAAGAGAAUCGAAGCUUUGAGCAAGGAUCUCGAUGAUGUAGCUGCGGCAGGGCAAGUCAUGGGAGAGGUGCUGGAGCAAUGGCCUAGUAUGUUUCGCAUCCUUGGUCUCAUUCUGGAAGGUCGGGAUGAAGCCGAACGAGCACAAGCUGAAGCCGCAGCAAUAUCCACAGGCGAUCGCCUCGUUCGUGUACCCGUUGACGAGCUCGGGGCAGCAGGAAGUUCUUCCAGUUAA